AUGGAUUACUCCUACUACACCGGCCCUCGAUCCCAGCCCUUCCCGCUCUACGGGUUGCCCACCCCCGACCAACAGCCCCGGACGCAGACCGACGAGGCCUUCGCGGACUCGUUUUCCCUGAGUAAUAACUACAACCAGAAUUUCGCGGCUUUCGACCCUUCUCUCCGUUUCGACGCUUCGUCUUCAUCCUUUGCCCCGCCACCGGGACACUCUCCGCCAGACUCGUUCACCAAACAGUCUGUGUCGAGCAAUGAGGUAGCCAGUACCCAGCAAGCGGGCUCGGCCUCGCUUGAUGGCGAUGAGAAUGCGAUGGCAGUGGGCAGGAGCAGCAGCGAGGAGAAGGAGUCGAUGAUCCCCGCGCAGAACAAGCGCAAGGCCCAGAACCGAGCUGCCCAACGGGCUUUCCGCGAGCGAAAAGAACGACAUGUCCGCGACCUCGAAGAAAAAGUCACAUCCCUCGAACAACAAUCCAGCGCCCUCCAAGCAGACAACGAGCGUCUAAAGCGCGAGCUCGCCAAGUACGCCACGGAGAACGAGAUCCUGCGCGCAACAUCGCAGCAGACCCAGACUGCAGCCGGUAACAGCAGCGCGCAUGACCAGCGUGCCCCGGAACCGACGGUGACGGGGCCGAUGAAAUAUUCCCCCACGGACUUUUACUCCAGUCUCAUGCCGGACGGUGCGCAGCAACCAACGCAUCACCGUGUCACUGUUUGUCAGGUUACGGGGGAGAAAUUGCUCGAUGCGGGUGCCACAUGGGAUCUUAUUCAGAGUCAUGAGCUGUUUAAGCUGGGGAAGGUGGACAUUGGUGAUGUUACGGAUCGGUUGAAGGGGAUGGCGCAGUGUGAUGGGCAAGGCCCGGCUUUUAAGGAGGGUCAGGUCCGUCAGGCUAUUGAGGAGAGUGUGGCGGCGGGAAUGGAUGAACUGAUUUGA